GUCCCUGUUACUCAGCGGAGCGGCGGAGGCCGGACGACGCGGCCGGGAGCGGGGAACCGCGAGCAGCCCUGGGGUAACGGCCGUGGCGACCGCCCGGACGGCGCCAGUCCCGCCGGCGGGCUUUCCUGUCGCCGUUCUCUGCGUUGUGGGGUGGUCAUAUGCUGUCCGUGAACAUGUUUAAUGCUGUGCCUGACAAAAGCAAGCAAUCAAAAUGGGACUUCCUUGAGGACAGGCCUGUCUUGCAUCUGUCUCCCACACCUAGCCUGAAAUAGAAACAUUUUCAUCACCCAAGAAAAACUCUACCCAUGAGCAGUUAUUCCCUUUUCCACUCUAAAUUAUGUUUAAAGGAAGAGAUAGCACUGAUUCUUUCGCUUCUCGGUGAAUAUUUGGAUGAAGCCAUUAAAUUAAUUGUUUGCCAUCAUGAGCAGAAGCAAGCGUGACAGCAAUUUUUAUAGUGUAGAGAUUGGAGAUUCUACAUUUACAGUCUUGAAACGAUAUCAGAAUUUAAAACCUAUAGGCUCAGGAGCUCAAGGAAUAGUAUGUGCAGCUUAUGAUGCCAUUCUUGAAAGAAAUGUUGCAAUCAAGAAGCUAAGCCGGCCAUUUCAGAACCAGACUCAUGCUAAACGGGCCUACAGAGAGCUAGUUCUUAUGAAAUGUGUUAAUCACAAAAAUAUAAUUGGCCUUUUGAAUGUUUUCACACCACAGAAAUCCCUAGAAGAAUUUCAAGAUGUUUACAUAGUCAUGGAGCUCAUGGAUGCAAAUCUUUGCCAAGUGAUUCAGAUGGAACUAGAUCAUGAGAGAAUGUCCUACCUUCUCUAUCAGAUGCUGUGUGGAAUCAAGCACCUUCACUCUGCUGGAAUUAUUCAUCGGGACUUAAAGCCCAGUAAUAUCGUGGUAAAAUCAGACUGCACUUUGAAGAUUCUUGAUUUUGGACUGGCCAGGACUGCAGGAACUAGUUUUAUGAUGACACCUUACGUAGUGACUCGCUACUACAGAGCACCUGAGGUCAUCCUAGGGAUGGGCUACAAAGAAAACGUUGACAUUUGGUCAGUUGGGUGCAUCAUGGGAGAAAUGAUCAAAGGUGGUGUUUUGUUCCCAGGUACAGAUCAUAUUGAUCAGUGGAAUAAAGUUAUUGAACAGCUUGGAACACCAUGCCCUGAAUUCAUGAAGAAACUACAGCCAACAGUAAGGACUUAUGUUGAAAACAGACCUAAGUAUGCUGGAUAUAGCUUUGAGAAACUCUUCCCCGAUGUACUUUUCCCAGCUGACUCGGAACACAACAAACUUAAAGCCAGUCAGGCAAGGGAUUUGUUAUCCAAAAUGCUGGUAAUUGAUGCAUCUAAAAGGAUUUCUGUAGAUGAAGCUCUCCAGCACCCAUAUAUCAAUGUCUGGUAUGAUCCUUCUGAAGCAGAAGCUCCACCACCAAAGAUACCUGACAAGCAGUUAGAUGAAAGGGAACAUACAAUAGAAGAAUGGAAAGAGUUGAUAUACAAAGAAGUUAUGGACUUGGAGGAGAGAACCAAGAAUGGAGUUAUAAGGGGACAGCCCUCUCCUUUAGGUGCAGCAGUGAUCAAUGGCUCUCAGCAUCCAUCGUCAUCAUCGUCUGUCAAUGAUGUGUCUUCAAUGUCAACAGAUCCGACUUUGGCUUCAGAUACAGACAGCAGUCUAGAAGCAUCAGCUGGACCUCUGGGCUGCUGUAGAUGACUACUUGGGCCUUUGGGGGGUGGGGGGAUGGGGAGUCAUUUAGUCAUUGAUAGAACUACUUUGAAAACAAUUCAGUGGUCUUAUUUUUGAGUGAUUUUUUCAAAAAUGUCGAAUUCAUUUUGUAGUAAAGUAGUUUAUUUUUUUUAAUUUCAAGUGAUGUAAUUUAAAACUUAAGUUGUGUUUUAAAACAGCAACAAAACUGUAUUGUAUUUUUGCUGUAAUUAACUGUAUAAUGUAAACCUAAUUAUUUUAUCAUGGUUUAAAAUUUUUGCAUUUUUGCUUUAUCUUAUGCUGCUGAUUUUUUUUUAUUGAAUUUGUAAAAUUUUGUUUAUCAAAACAACUAUUAUGUGGUGACUUGCCUAUAUCAUGAAUUAUUUAAGAUUUUUAUAGGUUUUUUUAUUAGAAUUUUAUUUCAAAUGUUUUGUUCAUGAUGCUAUCCUUCAGGGUUAUGUGCUUAUCAAUGAAAUAACCCCAGAGGAGUGAGGGAAAAUAACCUGUAGCCAGUUGUAUUCAGGAAUAACUACUGUAAAUGAUGAACGCGUUAAAAAACCUCCAAUAUUUGCUACUUGCCAAUCCUAAUUUAAUUACAACAAUUGGUAGGUACCCUACAUUGUUUUUUGGCAAAGGCCCCAUCAUCUAAAUGGCAGUAUAACUCAGAGCAUGUCUUCGAAGAUGCUGGGCGUCUGCUACCACCGUCUUAUUCCCCAACCCCACACAACAAAAGUAAAUUUAAAAGAAUAUGGUAUUUUCUGCAAAUUUGUGGCAUGCUCAAAGCUUAUGAUCACAUAAAGUCAAGAGGAUACUUCAUGAAUAAUACAUUUCAAUGCAAAUAAACAGAUGGUUCACUUCUACUAGCUAUGAGCCUGUUUUUGUAUACACUGAGUUAAUCUACUCAGGCUGUAGGUCCCAGCAGUGGUCUAGAGUCUGGUCUUUCCCUUUCCUGCAGCCUCAGGCCCUCAGACCUUGGACCUUUCUGGUUUCCUAUCACAGUGUCAGUCAGUUGACCACCAGUUCUCAAGGUGUUUUCUGGCCAUUUGAUUCUACCUGUAGCAUAAUCAUAUUUAUACUAACUGUUGGGAGGUUCCAAAGCCUACUUCAAUUCUGUAGGUGAUGUAUCAAAUGAGCAAUAUACCUACCGUUCAUCUGAAAAUAGUAGCACACAGCCAUAUAUAGGAUAUCAUUUUCUAAGGACUGUUUCUUCACAUUGAGCAGAGCAGGCAUAAAUGGUGGUUAUUUAGUCUGAGUCUUUGUUUUUUUAUACCUGAUUUUCAAUAAAACAUGCAAUGUGGAUGUUGAGUAGUGUAAGAAUGGCGCUGCUCCUGACAAGUGUAUGUUAACUGUUUACAUUUUAUACCUGCAGAAUUCUUUCUCCACAACUGAAUUUUUCUUAAGGAAAUGUCACUGAAGUUUCAUUAUCUCUGAAAUACAAGUUCUCUGUAUUGCCCCCAGGUACCUUUCGUUAUUUUUGAAACAAGAAGGAUUUCACAUAAUGAACUGGGAAAUGGAUACUUAAGUAAGUGUCAAGGUUCUAGGCAGAAAGCCCGUGGGAAUUCAUGACCAACAGGAGCCAGAACUGGCGCAUCUCAAUAUGCAGUGUCUGAAAGUUCGCUUGGCAUGUUGUUCAUAUAUGUAGUGCAAGAUUCCUUUUGAGUUAGGUAUUUUAGGUUAUUGUUAAUGUGCAAUAUUUAGGAUUAAAAUACAUGAGCCUUUUUCUAUGCUUUGAAAUAACAGGUUUGUUUUUGACAGUUUCAAGUCAUGGUUUCUAGCUUCUUGAAGUUGUCAGCCUUUUUAUCAAUCCCUUUUCUACUCAUACAACAUGGUGCAUUAAUUUUAUUAAGCAAAUUAGAAUUUUGAGACUAUAACACCUCUUGAAUUAUAGAAACAGAAUUGGAUUUACGAUUUUAGCAGAAAUUUGAGCAUGAGUGUGUUCUUAGUUUGUAUUUGGCAGUUAAUCAGCUUUAUUUUCCCUAGGAUAGAUUAUUUCACUGUUGCACUUUAACAAUGGACAUGCUUUCAGAAGUUUCCCAUAUUUUCUGUUUGAUAGUAGUAAGCCAUCUCUAUUGUUAGAGAACUUGAUUAAGAAAGGAAAACCAGGUGUUCUUGUAACAUUUGUUGUAAAUGCCAGCUCCUCCUUGCCAACCAGCAUGUUUCAGUUGAUUCAGAGAAAAGGAAUUCUUAAUGUAGAAUUAAUUCUUAAUGUAAACUAAAAUACUUAACAAAUUCUAUCCUGAAAGGAAAGUCUGUUUGUUAAGUGUUGCGUGCCCUAGGUUUUUAAAAUGCAGUAUCUAAAUGCAACUUUCCCUUGUUUCUUAAAUCUGUUAAGCUAAAGAUGUACUGGUUCUUUUUAUUUCACAAGCUUUUUGAACCUUUAAAACAUCUUAAACAUU